GUCUCCAACUCUCUCCAAAAUGGGAAAGAUCAUCUUCUACGAGGACCGGGGCUUCCAGGGCCGAUCCUAUGAAUGCGACAGCGACUGCCCCAACCUGCAGGCCUACUUCAACCGCUGCAACUCAAUCCGGGUAGAAAGUGGCUGCUGGAUGAUUUAUGAGCGCCCCAAUUACUUGGGCCAUCAGUAUUACCUCCGGAGAGGCGAGUAUCCAGACUACCAGCAGUGGAUGGGAUUCAAUGACUCCAUCAGAUCCUGCCGCAUCAUUCCCCAAUACUCUGGCACCUAUAGGCUGAGGUUCUAUGACAGAGAUGACUUCAAAGGCCAAAUGACAGAGCUCGUGGAUGAUUGUCACUCUAUUCAAGACAGCUUCCAUAUGAGUGAAAUACGCUCUCUCAAUGUGUUAGAGGGCUCCUGGAUCCUAUAUGAGAUGCCCGGCUAUAGAGGAAGACAGUACCUUCUGAGACCCGGGGAGUACAGGAGAUACCUGGACUGGGGAGCCAUGAAUGCUAAAGCUGGUUCUUUUAGACGGGUCAUGGAUUUUUACUGAGAUAUGGUUACUCUCAGUUUUUUUCAUUUUAAAGUCUAAUAAAAUAUUUGGCUUGUGUU